AUGGAUGCAUAUUUAAAUCCAUUUAAUCAUGAACGAUCAAUUAGAACAGAUCAACCAGUUACAGAAGCUCCACCGUCAGACCUUACAAGUUAUAUUAGUUCGUCCGUUUUUGAAAAUGAUCAAAAACAAAUUCAUGAACUUCGACAAAAACUUUCUGCUACUGAAGAUGAACGUACUGUAAUUCGUGAUCGACUUGAUAAUGUACAACGUGAAUUUCGAAAAACAUUAGAUGAAUGUGCAACAACAUUAUCAGCAUAUGAACGACAAAUACAAACACUUGAACAAGAAAGAUCUACACUUAUUCAACAACAUGAACUUCAAACAGCUGAAAGUCAACAAGAAAUUGAAGAAUUACAAAAAGAAAUCGCUCAAUUAAAAAAAUCGGCAAUUAAUCCAUCUAUAAAAAUAUAUUCCAGUGAUGAUAUCCUAUCAUGGAAAAAAACAACUGGACCAGAAUCGAAAGAACGACAAAUAUUAACUCAAAAAUGUAUAAAUCUUAUGACAUAUAUUGGUUCAAAUGCAUAUUUACAAUCAGAAUUCGAUCAAUUAAGACACGUAGCCGAAGAUCAGUUAACUAAUUAUGAAGAUCAAAUUGAAAAACUGAUUCUUGAUUGUAUAAAUCUUAUAGAACAAUAUGAAAAAAAAUGCACCGAUGCUGCGAAUCUCUGA